AUGUCUGCCCAGAGGUCAGUUUCUAACAGAACAUCUCAGCAGUCUGCCUCUAACUCUGACUACACAUGGGAGUAUGAAUAUUAUGAGAUUGGACCCGUUUCCUUUGAAGGACUGAAGGCUCAUAAAUAUUCUAUUGUGAUUGGAUUUUGGGUUGGUCUCGCAGUCUUCGUGAUUUUCAUGUUUUUUGUGCUGACUUUGCUGACCAAGACAGGAGCCCCACACCAAGACAAUGCAGAGACUUCAGAGAAGAGAUUCAGAAUGAACAGCUUUGUGUCAGACUUUGGGAGGCCGCUGGAGCCAGAUAAGGGCAAUGAAGAGUCCCGGUCUCUGUUUCACUGCUACAUCAACGAGGUGGAGCACCUGGAGAAGGCCAGAGCUGGCCAGCAGACCACGGCCCUGGACAGCGACGUGCAGCUGCGGGAAGUCACCAGAAGCAGUGGGCGGCCAGAGGAGGAGCUGAACAGGCUCAUGAAAUUUGACAUCCCCAACUUUGUGAACACGGACCAGAACUCCUCCUUUGGGGAUGACGAUCUUCUGAUUUCAGAACCACCUGUUGUUCUGGAAAAUAAGCCAGUUUCCCAGACCUCACACAGAGACCUGGAUUGA